CUUUUUCAGUGCACAUACUGUCCAGAUGAUGGCGCCAGAGAGCCUGUGUUCUCUGUCACGUCCUCUGUCAGUGAAUAAAGACUGUGCGCUCGGAGAGUCCAGUCAUCUUUUGGUUCAACUGACUCAGAGGUGAACAUGUCUGGCAGAGGAAAGGGAGGUAAAGGUCUGGGGAAAGGAGGCGCCAAGCGUCACCGUAAAGUUCUCCGUGAUAACAUCCAGGGCAUCACCAAGCCCGCUAUCCGCCGUCUGGCUCGUCGCGGCGGUGUCAAGCGUAUCUCCGGUCUGAUCUACGAGGAAACUCGCGGUGUGCUCAAGGUUUUCCUGGAGAACGUGAUCCGUGACGCCGUCACGUACACCGAGCACGCCAAGAGGAAGACCGUGACCGCCAUGGACGUGGUGUACGCCCUGAAGAGACAGGGCCGCACUCUGUACGGCUUCGGAGGUUAAACUCUACUUCUUCUGGUGACACACAACGGCCCUUUUCAGGGCCACACAACUCAUCUAAGGGCACAUUCUGUACUAUUGGUGAAGUGGUUCUUGUGAAGUUUAGAGACAACUAUGGUAACAUGUGUUUAUUCUGUAGGACAAAAAAAAACCGUGAACAUGAAAUGGUUUAAUUCUCUAGUUUUCUGGCGAGUACCUAUGAGCGUUGCCACACAAGUUGUUUGAUGUUCAACGUACCAAUUUUGAUGCCGCAGCAUAAUGAAAAUGCUCCUUCAUUAGACAAUACCUACUCAUUUACCUCACUUUCACAACUUUCAGUUCUGAUAAAAAUGAGACUAGAUCUCAUUCCACAUGAUCUUGCAAGACAAAAUUCAUCUGUACUCACUAAAUACCAGGCAUGUGUAUAAAUAAAAUGCAUAGAAAUAAACAUGUCUAAUAUAUUAGACAAGUUACAAUACAGAAAAGUGUAGAAAACAGAGAAUUUUUCAUUGUUAAGUGAACUGGACCAGAGUUAGUGGAGCCUGAAGCGCUCCCAUGGUCACUUUGGAGCGCAGCAGCUAGUGGGUUAGCCAUGUUCAUUGAUAUACAAUGCAGUCUGUGGUAAAACUGCAGAUAGUUAGGGUUAGGGAGUAAUGACUCAGAUCAGAGAAAGAAUUUCAGCAUUGACAUGGAAACCCAAAUGAGACACUCAUUCUACUUUCUGAUUGGAUAAUUGUAUUGAGAACCAAAACACCAAAUUAACACAACUUGGACACCAUGUCUAGUGUUUUUGUGAUUGUGAAUCCAUCACAUCACAAUGGUGAUCAGUAAACAUUGGAUUAGGACAUGUUUGCCUCAUACCUAUGGACACAGCCAAGUCACGUUUAUGAAAUUUAAAAUCCAAGUUUUAUGAAUUUAUGUUAACAUUUAGACUAGAGCCUAGUACAAUAUUCUGCAGUCUCAGUGCUUUUUCUAAAACAGUUCUCAACACACAGCGGUU